GCUUGUGAUUUGAGACGCGUCUCGGAGUUCCUAUGGCGCGCAUGGAAACGACAAAUUUGCCUCCUCCUGCUGAGGGAGUUCGGCAUCAGCAGGCCGAGACUACAGCGGUUUUAGACGGGAAGGGACUCGGCACAGGGACGCUGUAUGUAGCCGAAGCGUGCCUGUCAUGGUUCGAUGGCUCAGGAAUGGGUUUUUCGCUGGAUUAUCCCUCCAUCAGCCUGCACGCCAUCUCCCGAGACCCGAGUGCUUAUCCACAGGAGCAUCUGUAUGUGAUGGUCAACAAAAAACUGAACGACGAAAAUGAGGCUGAGAUGCGGGAGAAAGCUCCGGAUGAUGAAGGCGAAGAGGAGAGUGACGACGACGAUGAGGUCAUCACAGAGAUCCGAUUUGUGCCCAGUGAUAAAGCAGCUUUGGAGUCUAUGUUUUCCGCCAUGUGUGACUGCCAGGCUUUGCACCCUGACCCCGAGGACGCAGACUCUGAUAAUGAGGAGUUUGAAGGGGAGGAAGAGGAAGAAGAGGAGACCGGCCAGGGUGACAUACCCACGUUCUACACAUACGAAGAGGGUUUGUCGCACCUGACCACAGAGGGCCAGGCCACGCUGCAAAGACUCGAAGGGAUGCUUGCUCAGUCCGUCACGCAACAGUUCCACAUGGCUGGAGUUCGCACCGAUGAGCCAUCCGCUGAGUUUGAAGAUGGAAUGGAGGUCGACCCAAAUUCUGGAGUAGCUGGACAGUUUGACGAUGCUGAUGUUGAUCACUGACGCAGUAUACUUCACUGCUGCUAACCGAAGCACUUAGGGGGCUCUGAGUGACCGGUACUCGUUCGGCAAGCCGUCUUCUCCUGUUUGCUCUCCACAUUAAGCGGAGCUGCUGGAUGUCUACACAGGUUUCCCCAAUGCCAGCACCAUUUCUGUUACUGUGUUGUGUUUUGUAUUCUUCCUUCAGACCAAAUUCUAAGUGCUCUCUGAAAGUAAGUCUCAUUUGUAUGAAUUGUCAUGAAAUAAAAGUUUUGUUUUUUGUAUAAAGCACUUGUCAUAGAUGCCUAUUUCCCUUCUAGUUGUGGAUUCAUUUUUUUUUUUCUUUCUUUGGAGCACUUAAAGCUUGAUGAAAGCAAAAAGUAGACAUUUUUGCACACCGUCUUUUCGGUUUCAUGACUCAGGAACCAUUUUAUUGUUCAGAACGGUGUGAUUGUUAGAUUCAGCUUUUUUUUUUUGCAUGUGAAACUAUUAGUAUGAAAUUUGGGCUGGUAAAGCUGUAAACAUUCAGCAACAUUCAGUCUUCAAAUUGCACUUAUACAAUAUAUGUGGUUUUUAUCGUUGUAUGUGAUAUCUUGUUACGGUAACUCUUACUCGCAAUGUUGUUUUGCGAGUCCUAAACAUGACUCUGCACUCUGUAUAAGCAUAAACAGGAGUUUUGUAAUGAUGAGCCACAAUAAAAUAUCCUUUCACAGGUCUAAGCUGUAAAAUGUUCCAAUAUUGAAGAUCUUUUUUUUUUUUUUUUUUUUAACCUAUAAGGAGAAACCAUUUAUCUUCAUUCUAACAAAAAGAUACCUUCGCAUUAGAAUGGCUUUCCUAAAAUAAUAGUAUUUUCUCUCCAAAAUAGAUGAGCCAAAAUUAUUGGCAGUCCAAAUGCAUGUUUGAAAUAUAUGCAAAGUUUUUAUUCUUGAAAAAAGAAACCCAUUUCAUAUCAUUUCCAUUCCCUUUAUUCAUGUCCUUGGAGUAUAAACAUGAGGUUUCUCCUCCCAUACCAGAAGAAAACUGGAGAGUUUCAACACAUAAUACACACGUUUGUUGAGCUGGACAAAUCGGGUAAUGGAUAUAGGGCGUCGGUAGCUCAGUGGUUAAGACGUUAUGACGACCCAUGAGCACACUGUCACCCCACACGGGGAGGAGGAUGGUGGAGUGGUGAAUGGGGAAAAUAGAGCCAAAAAAUGUAAAUGUAAGAUUUAGUUUUCUUUUUAUGUCACUGAAUAACUGCUCGGUUUCUACAACAAAAGAAUAUAAAAUAAAAUAAGCACAGGCAAGGGUAUGGUAUAAGUUGUGUUUUUUUUGUUGUUGUUUUUUUACACUGCCCCAUUUGCUUUUUUUUUUACACUUUGAUGUUUUGUUCGUGGAUAUCAAACAAUUGCAAACGCAACACAGGUUUAUUUUUUUUUAAAUCUUUGUUAAAUAUAGGUGUGCAACAAUUAUUGGCACCCCUAUGAAUUUAUGAGAAAAAUAUAUUUUAAGUAUAUUCCCAUAGAUAUUUAAAAAUUUUUUAGUACACUUUGGUGACUAGGAACAGGAAAUUGUUCAACUAUGACUUCCUGUUUCACAGGGGUAUAAAUAUGAGGUAACACAUAGGCCAAAUUCUCUUAGAUAACAUUCAUAACAAUGUGUAAGACCAAGGAAUAUAGCUGUAAUGUGUGCAAAAGGUUGUUGAGCUUCACAAAAUGGGAAGUGGCUAUAAGAAAAUAGUAAAAGCACUUAAAAUGUCCAUUUCCACCAUCAGGGCAAUAAUUAAGAAGUUCCAGUCAACUGGAAAUGUUAUGAAUCAACCUGGAAUUGGACAUGUAUAUAUAUUGUCUCAAAGCACUGUGAAUAUGAUGGUUUGAGUGGCCAAAAAAUCUCCAAGGAUCACAGCUGGAGAAUUGCAGAAGUUAGUUGUGUCCUGGGGUCUGAAAGUCUCCAAAACUACAAUCCGAAGACACCUUCAUCACCACAAGUUGUUUGGAAGGGUUUCAAGAAAAAAGCCUCUACUCUCAUCCAAAAACAAGCUCAAGUGUCUUCAGUUUGUCAGACACUACUGCAACUUCAAAUGGGAUCGGGUUCUAUGGUCAGAUGAAACCAAAAUAGAGCUUUUUGGCAAUAAACACCAGAGCUGGUUCUGGCACACACACAGAGAGGUAGCCAUAUGGAAAAGUACCUCAAGCCCACGGUUAAAUAUGCGGGUGGCUCUUUAAUGUUUUGGGUCUGUUUUUCUGCCAGAGGACCUGGACAUUUUGUUCGGAUACAUGACAUCGUGGACUCUAUCAAAUAUCAACAGAUAUUGAAUGAAAACCUGACUGCCUCUGCCAGAAAGCUUAAAAUGGGCCGUGGUUGGAUCUUCCAGCAGGACAAUGAUCCAAAACACCCAUGAGGAUCUGGAGAGAUUCUGUAUGGAGGAAUGUUCUCAGAUCCCUUGCCAUGUAUUCUCCAACCUCAUCAGGCAUAUUAUAGGAGAAGACUCGGAGCUGUUAUCUUGGCAAAGGGAGGUAGCACAAAGUAUUUUUUUGUUGUUGAUAAACCUCUGUUAUGUUUGCAAUUGUAUGAGAUCAGAGUAUUUUUGUGAAUUUUUUCAAACCAAAUAUCAAAAGUUUAAACAAUAAAGACAAUUUUUCACAGCCUUCUUUGCUCAUAUUUACCAAGGGUGCCAGUAUUACUGGUGAGCAGUGUAUGUACAGUAAUUAUAACAGUGCUAAUGAGUUGAUUGCUACACACCAUAUUACGAAUGAUUCAUAAUUACAUUAUUAACCAUUCAGUUUCCCCCCUCAUGUUUCUCCAUUUCACUAUUUCAGUUUACCUCCAGCGCUUUCCCAUGGUGGUGGUGGUUUCUUUGUGCUUUGCAUUUGUCUGUCACCUCCAGUUUAUUUAUUUAUUUCUGUUCAUGGAAGCCUCUGUAUCUCAACCCUUUUUUCUUAUUUUUUUUGUCAGUCGGUUUGGUUUAGUGUUUUGCCCUAAGGUUAUUAGCUUGGCAAAGUUUUCUCCUUGUACUUUGCUCUUUGUUCACAUCUCACUGAUCAGUAAAUCAUUCAUGAGCUUCUCCCCAAGUCUCUGCUGUCAGACAGGGUGUGUGUGUGUGUGCCUGCUGAUCAGGGUAUAGAGCUCAAACUCCCAUGAUUACUAAAGAACUGCUUAGUCACUGAAAGAUUUUACAGAAGAGAGAAUGUGCUUUCACUUUUUGAUUCGGUCUGAAUUUGUUGCUGCACCUGAUCCCAGCUUGUACUACAUAUAUUAAACUCGUGCUCAUAGUAAUGUUUCAUAUCUUAAUAAUUAUGUAACAUUUUAUUACAGCUUACAGUAAUAUUACAAUAAGUAAGCAUACCAUGGGUGUGCUGUUAUAGGAAAAUAAUCAGUAAUCAAUGUGUGGUGGGUGUGGCUUUUACCAUCCUGAUGUUGAUAAUUUUCUCAUAGUAAUAUAUAAUUUUCUAAUAAAAACACGUGUUUUUCUCUUAUACCACAGCAGUUUACCAACACUAACUACAUUUGAACCAUUUACAUAUAGUUUAAUGUUGUUGAGGUUAGUUCGUUUCACUUCUGUUAUAACAGCUGUAAACAGCUGUUCCCUUACCAGCAUCUCUUUUCUCUUUCUUUCUCACUCUCUCUCAAUUGGUAAGACAAAAAAAAAACCCAGUUUGUCACAUUACCAAGAAAUCCGACAGCGUCAACUCCUCUGUACUGAACUCAACUCUCCAAUGACUCCUUCCAUCAAUGCUAAAUGAAUUCGUGUACUACUUUUUUUUCUUUCUUUUUUUUUCACUGUGAAAUGUCUUGUUUUAUUUAACAAUAAAUAAUACAGAAAAAUAAAGAAACUGUAUAAUCUGUAACAUAUAAAACAUAAGAUGUUUAUUUAGCCUUUUUGGAAGGAGUCUCCAGUGUUAGUGUUUUAUAACAAUCUGAGGUCUUAAAAGGAGAGAGUUAAAAAAAAAAAAAGAGAGCCUGGUGAGGGAGCUGUUUAUAGCUGCUAUAAUGCAAGCUACAGAAUCUGACUUGUUUUGUGGAUGUUCGAAACAUUUAAAUGUAACGGGAAACAACGUUUAUGACAUUUAAUUCUUUGAUAAAUAAAUGAACCGUGAAUAUUGUUGUGGUAUAGGAGGAAUAAAACACUUCAGCUCAUGCUGUUUUUGGAAAAUAAUCAUUGCUUUCUGUCAUGUUUUAUUCUUUACAUAGCAACUGAUAAUGAGGUCAGUCAUCUAACUCCAGGUCAGUCAUCUAACUCCAUAUCAUUGGCUUUGAUUGUGUAAUGUUCGAGCAGGAUUACUCCAGUGAAUUCUCAUCAUGUUGGUGUCCUUUGCAUUGGGAUGAACUGUGUUUGCACUAGCUUUUGGCUGUGCAAAUUGAAGGAACUUGUGUAAAAGCUGCACAGACAGCAGAGAGUCAGUGUCAGUGAUCUUUCUGCUUGAAAGGAUUAUGUCUAAUUACAGAUUACACUUGGGAGUGGUGAGACAGAAAGCCAAGAUGAAACAAUCAGAUAAGCUGAACCUCCUGUUAUGCACAGAAACGGACUUCUAUCGAUAUAUCUGCUUGCUGGUAUUGCUGGAGAACCUGUUAAUAUGCAGCUUUGCUCUAACAGGAAAGCAUUAGCAUGGCUUGCUUAAAGAA